AUGGUCCAGGACGUGUUGCUCGGGCCUGUUCACAAUGCGCCAAACAACGUCUUUGGCGUGAUGGACAGGAUCCUUGCGCCCGGUGCAGUAGCAAGGGCAUGCAGUGCGUCUACUUACCGCAUGCAGGGACGCGUCGUGUCGAUCAAGGGUUUCGUACUCGUCGACGCCUACCGGAACUCAGGCCAUGGCGUACCCGGCAACACGGAUGCCAGCCAAAUGGUGAGACUGGCGGUUCCCAGAGACACGAACGCAGCCGGCCAAGCCAACACUAACAACACCAUCGUUGUGGUCUCCGCCCCGGCCACCAUGAGCUCGCAGGCCGACGCCGACGUAGCCGCUUCACGGGAAACCUUCAGGCCGCUGCCGAACUUGACCGUGCUCUGCCCAGACCGCGAUGCCAUGAAUCAGACGGACGACGCCGGCAACAACAAUACCAUUGCCGGUGAUUCGUUGACACAGUCACCGGAAACCACCAACGCCAACCUGCCUCAGUCAGGUAGCGUUAUGCGUCUGGACCCGACGCCUAGGGACCAUGCCAGCUUCGGUCUGGGUGACCUCAGCACCACGCCCUCCCAAUCGACGGUCUGCUUUCCCAGAGUCACCGCUAUCUAG